AUGAGUAAUAAGGAAAAGUAAUCAUUUUUAGAAAUAAUAGAUGUAUUUGGUUAAACGGUGAGCAUUAGAUACAAUCAAAAACAAUACCAUAAAACGAAACUUGGAGGAAUAGUUACGAUUGGAAUUUGGGGAUUCAUUAUUUAUAAUAUAAUUAGCAUAGGAAUCGUCUUAAUAGAGUAAGACAACCCAUAAGUUAUUUAGCAAUCAAAUUAUAUAAAAUAGCAACCUACUUAUGAGCUUAUCCCUGAUAAAUUUACUAUAGCAUUCGGAUUAUAAGAUUCUCUUUAUUAGCAUUUUUUUGAUGAAGGUAUUUAUUCUAUUAAAGCGUUCUAAAAUGUUAUUGAUAGAACAUAUUCUCAAUAAGGGGAUUCUUCAUAGAUAUAAAAAAGCAUUCCUUUAAAUGUAGAACGUUGCAAUAAAAAUCACUUUUUGCUCAGUCAAGUUAAGGAUUAUUUUUAUUAACUACCUAUCAAGAAAAUGUAUUGUUUGUCUUUGAAUUAAACAUAAACUAAUGGUAAAUUUCCUACCAUUGAAGGAGAAUUUUCAGGAUAGAAAUUUUAAUCUGUUGAGUUUUAAGUUCACUAAUGUAUUGGAUAAAAUUGUAAUAAUACAGCAUAAGCAAAAGAUUUGAUGCUUAAACCUUCUUUAGCUGUGUAUUUUUAAGACUUUACUACAAAUAUUACAAAAAGAAAUAAUCCUUUCUCUCCAAUAGGAAGAAAUCUUUUCUGGACAACUGGUUAGGAUCUAGAGAAAGACAUUGUUAUAUCUUUAAUAAAUAAUAAAAUUAUAAGUGAUUUUGGAUUGAUUUCUGAUGAUACCCACACUAACGAGUAGAUAACAUAUUCAUCAUAAAGAGAAAUGAUAUUAACACGUUCUAGCUCUGAGAUAUUUAGGUUUACUGUUUUAUAUGAAAAGAAUGCUGAAACUUUAAUCUUUAGAAAAUAUAUGAAAUUGAUUUAGGCAUUUUCAUAAGUAGGAGGAUUACUUAAUUUUAUAAUAGCAAUUGGCUAUUUUAUAUGUCGCCCAUUUUCAUAAGUAGAACUAAACAGAAAACUUCUCAAUUCUAUCUAUGAUAUUUAAGAUAAUUCAGAUUAAAAAAAUAAUAUCUCUUAAGGAUAGGAUGCUAAAUAGAAUAAAAAAUCAUUUUUUAACCAACAAAAAAAUACAGAGAUAAAAAAAGACUCUUUAUCGAGUAGUUCUACUGCUAACAAUAAACAAAUAAACUCUUAAACACCCAUAUUUUAGCAACACCAAAAAGGAUAGAGUUAAAUUACACCACAAAAUAAAUAAACCAAAAAAGCUAAAUAAAUAGGGUUUACAGAAAAUCUGAUUAAUUGUUUUAGAUGGUUUUAAUGGUGCUAAACUCCUAAAUCCAGGCUGAUUGAUUAUGCGACAAAAAAUAUUUAUAGUAAUAUAGAUAUAUUUAACAUUAUAAGAAAAUUAAUAGAAGUAGAUAAACUUAAACAUUUACUUCUAAACGAACACUAAAUCAGGCUAUUUGAGUUUUUGCCUAGACCAUAGCUUAACAUCGAUUAUUUUUAAGAUAACAAGUACUAUAAAAAUGUAUUCACAAAAAGUAAUGAUCAGAUUAGAAAUUUUGAUAACUUUGAUGGCUCGUUCUACUAAGAUUAAAAAAAUGAAGAUGAAAUAAUUAAAUCUUUAAGAGAUGAUUAUUAAGUCAUUAAGAAAAAUUAAAAUUAAUCAUUAUUUGAUAGAAAUUUAAUUAAAAUGCUAGAUAAAGAUUUGAAAGAAAAACUAGAACAAAAUGUAAAUUAAAAUUUUAAUAAAAAUAAUGUAAAUAAGUAAGAUAAUAUCGGCAUAGAGUUAAUCAAAGAAGAGAUGUUUGAUUUAGUUAAAAAAUCUUAAGAUGAUAUAGACAUUUGCUCUUCUGUCAGUGCAAAGCUGUCAAAUGAAAAUAACAGCCAUCACCAUGAAAUUAAAAAAUAGCAUCCUUUUUCAUAUAGAAAUUCUAUAUAGCUAAACACUCCUUUAGAUUUUAUGCAUGCCCAAAAACCAAAACAGUUCGAGAUCAGUGGAUCUAUAGAACAAAAAAAUAAGUUUGUUAAUUUAAAAUAAUCAGAUAUCUAAUUAUCAGGUAAAAUGCUCAGUAAUGACCUCUAUUUUAAAUAUGAAAAUAAUUAUACAAACUGA